UAAGGCAGGCGUAUGAGAACUCCGUACAGACAACACCCGUAGUCAGGAUCGAACCCGGGUCUGUGGCGCUGUGAGGUAGCAACUCUACCGCUGCAUCACAGUGCCGCCCCUUGAGGUAUGAUUCUGGAAGGUUUAAAACGGCCGAUCAAAAUUCAUAGUCCUCAAGAUGUAUAAUUCAUUGGAGCGGAUGUUGAUAAUUCGAUGAGGAACAGAAUAGUGGAGUCACAUGAUGAAUGGGACCGUACAGUGGGAGGUAAUCACAUCCGCAACGUUUAAACGAUUCAGAUCCUUCUUUUAACCAGAGACGGAAGAAUGGAAAGUUUCUGUGGUUCAGUGUGGGAUUCAGUUUGGGAUUAUGAUACUCCCAGGAUUUUGAUCAUCAAAAACAAAACAGUCGGAGUCGUGAACAGGUUUAUUCAAUGCAUAAUCAUCGCAUAUAUUAUCGGAUGGGUGCUUGUAUGGGAGAAAGGCUACCAAGAAUUUGACUCUCCCACUGCCUCAGUCACCUCCAAAGUGAAAGGUAUUGCCUUUACAAAUUCCAGUCUGCUUGAAGAACACCUAUGGGAUCCAGCUGAUUAUGUUAUUCCUCCACAGGAAGAAUCUGCAUUUUUUGUUAUGACCAAUGCCAUUGUUACCAGGAAUCAGGUGCAAGGCUUGUGUCCUGAGUUACCAAGUCAAUCAUCUAGAUGCAAAUCAGACAGUGAUUGUACAGCUGGAUAUCAUGAUUCACAGAGCAAUGGCGUUUUAACUGGAAAAUGCAAUAAAGGCGUAAACACGUGUGAAAUAUACGGAUGGUGCCCUGUGGAGAACGAUGCUGUUAUUCCCAAGCCUGCAAUUCUUGAAGAAGCUGAAAAUUUCACGGUGUUAAUCAAGAACAGCAUUACCUUCCCUAAAUUUCAAUUUUCAAAGAGAAAUAUAUUGUCGAGUGCAAAUGAAAGCUACUUAAAAGUUUGUAGGUUCCAUCAGAAAAAUGAUCCGACCUGUCCAAUUUUUACCCUGGGAGAUAUGGUUCGAGACGCAGGAGAAGAUUUUCAGGAAUUAUCUGUUCAGGGUGGAGUGAUGGGUAUUUUAAUAAAGUGGAAUUGUAACCUGGAUCGACCAGCAUCUGAAUGUUUCCCAGUGUACAAAUUUCGCCGGCUUGACAAAAGUACAACUGAAGCACUGUCGCCUGGUUAUAAUUUUAGGUUUGCUAAAUACAACAUAAAUGAAAAAGGAAAACAAACAAGAACAUUAUACAAAGCAUACGGUAUACGAUUCAUCAUUGACGUUUUUGGUAAGGCUGGAAAAUUUAACAUUAUCCCAACAUUGAUAAAUGUAGGAUCUGGCUUAGCCUUACUGGGAAUGGCAACAAUUGUGUGUGAUAUAAUUGCCCUGAACAUCUUAAAAAAAAAACGUCAUUAUGAAGAAAUGAAGUUCAAAUCUAUUAACGACGGUGAAUUGGCUCUGUUGGAAGAAGGGUCCUAACCCAAAACAUCACCUGCCAAUUUUCAACAGAGGCUGCCUUACUCCAGCAUUUUGCGUCCAUCAAUAGGCUCGGCUGGAAUGAUACAAAAUCACAGGAAUCCAAACUGAAUUGGUGUAAAAAAAAAGUCACAUUUUCUAUUUGGCCUUUGACAAACAUGUUCACUUCAAGGCUAUAUGUUUUUUAUAAAUGCUUAAUCUUAAAAGGGAAAAAAUAUUCUAAUUGCUAUUAUUAACUAAUGAAUUUUGAUGUUGAAAUAAAAAUAGCAGUUAUUGACAUGCAGAAAGUUACUGCGAACAGCAAACAGAUUUUAUCUGGUGAAAACAAUCAUUUGAGAACUGUUGUCGAUGUGGAUCAGUUUAUCAUUUGAUAUGGACAUUAAAGUGUUGAAUGGAAAAACCCGAAAGCCAGAAUUUUCUUUCUACCCUGAACUCGAAUAUUUGUUCUCAAAGUUGAACGUAGAGAAGCUGGACUAAUAAUGCAAUAUAGUAUUCUAAAGUAAUUUGGCAGCUGAAACACAAUUCUGUUACCAAGAGCUUCAAAUCAUCAUGUUUUAUACGGACACUUUCCAGGAGUGGACAAAGCCUACAGUAAUCAGUUUCCUUUAUUUGUUUAACAACUUUGUUUUUUUACUCCUUACUUGCACAAUCAAUCAGUCAUCGGAAAUUUAUAAUUUCCCAAAUAUAUUGAUUGGAACAUCAUUAAAGGCCGCUGCUGUUGAAGAACACAAACAAGCACCAUCAGCUUCUCAGGUUUUCAUUGCUAAAGUUUACAGUUUAAAAGUUGUUUUAUAGGUGGUUACAGUAAAAACAAUUAUGUAUAUUGCUCAAGUGGACAGGUUAGUUGAAUGGUUUGCUUUUGUGUUGUAAUUUCUAUUUUCUUUAAAAAGAAUUCACUAAACUCUAAUUGUCUGCCUGUCAAUAUUUGAAAAACAUGUUUUGGAAGCUGCAGAUUUAU